AUGAAAUUCUUGUUUAUCUUGAUAACAAAACUAUAUUUAGGUAACCAUAUCAUAGACAUUAAUUUUAGUCAUGACAUAAUCAUAUACGUUGGUAAAAUCUGACUUAGUAACUACGGGAGCUCACACUUGGGUGGAUGAAGCAUCUACUGCUCUAGCUGUUACAGCUACAAUGUGUUCAUCCUUAAAACAACCUUAUGUUACCAUAACUAGUGAUUUGGCAAAAUCAAUAUCUAAUUAAUAUAUAGUUAAUAACAAAGACCAUGAGAUAUAUAUUAAAAUAAUUGUUGCAGGAACUUGGGAGGGAGAUUCUCUGGUCAUAAAAAGUGGUACAUCAACACUGGUGACGCAAGCUUUAACAACUACAACUCAAUUGAUAGAGUCCUAUUGCUCAUUAUCUAAGUAAUUUUGAAAAAUUAAUAUGUAGUGUUAAAGUCCUGGUUUUUAAACUUUAAGUACUCUAAUCCUCACUACUAACAAGUGGUUCAGACCAUGUAUUGAAGCUAGUGAUCAGUAUUCCAACUCUUAACGUUGUUACAAAAAAAAAAACAAUCUAUGUGGGUCCAGUGUUAAUUUAUGAAAUUGGUCCUGCAGUUGCUUCAACAUAUACUUAUGUUUAGAACCAAUAAUUUAAUUAUUUUACAUCACCAACACAGAAUCCAAACACUGUUUUACCCAGCUUCAGUUAUACUACUAUAAAUGAAAUCGCCUCAUAGAAAUAUGAUUUACUCACUUUUGGAGACUCUGCUGCCAAUUUCAUCAUCGGGGGAUACAGAAGAUGGAACACAGGAACCAUAACAUUUACGUAGACCUUAGAUAUUCAUUACAAAAUUAAACUCAGUUUUUAUGUUUAUGCAUUUGAUACAUCUACCAUAUUAACAUAGGCAAAUUUAAUAAUCACAAUAAACGGUCCCUCAGGUCCAGUUGUGAUUCCUGAUACUUCUAUAACUAGAAUACAAGCAGGUAAUCUCUAUGGAAAUAGUGGAACCGAUUCUGUUUAUUUUGUUGAUUACGAAAUCAACCACGUAAAUACAAAUCUAUAAAUAACCAUUCAAAUAACUACUCCGAUUGAUCUGGGAAUCACAAACUUUUAUCUGCUUUCUAAGAAUUGUCCAUAAUAUUGCUAAGCUUGUCAGGCUGAAGGAACAUGUGACGCUUGUUCGAGUGUUGACAACAGAAAUCUAGUCACUUGCCAAUGUAAUGAAUAGUAUUACGAGGAUCUAGUAGACCAUACUUGCAAAGGUAAGGAUCUUUUCUUAUAUCAAAGCUUGCGAUUAUAGAUGUGCCAAAUGCGUUUAUGAUGCAACUGAUGUCAAAGGAAAUUGUUAACUAUGUAAAUACGGUUUUGAUAUAAACAACAAAUGUUAAACUUGUAUCUAUUCUUAUCAGUAUGAGAAUACAGCUGCAGUUAAAUGUGACAGUAUAAAUAUCAUCAUUAAAUGAUUAGAUUGUCAACCAUGUUGUCUAACUUGCUCUGGUCCUACUGAUAAAGAUUGUCUUACCUUCAAAAAACCAUACAUGAUUAUGCCAGAUAACCAAGCAGUUCUGAGUUGUCCAUCUAAUUAUUACAUAAUUCAAUAGACUGUUGACAGAACUCUUUGUGUGAUGUGUGAUGUAAUAAUAAUCUCUAAUUUUUCAAUAGGCUAGUUGCAAAACGUGUGCUGAUACUCAAUCUAAAUGUACAAGCUGCUAUGCAGGAUAUGAUUUAUUAUUCAACUAAUGCUUACUAGCAUGUCCUAUCAAAACAUACAGAUUGAAUAAGGAUUGCACUCCUUGUCCAGAUCCAAAAUGUGAAAAUUGCUCAGAAUCAUAAUGUCUUCUUUGUUAGGCAAAUACUUAUAUGUCAAGAAUCUCAAAACUAUGUAUCUCUCCUUGUGAUACCGGAUACUAUGGUGAUGAUGCUACCAGAUCUUGCAAAAAAUGUCAUCAAACAUGUAAAGAGUGCAACAAUCCUCUUUUCACAUAAUGUCAAACUUGUCCUGAUAAUACUUAUAUGUUGGUUUUGGAUUCUUCCACAGUAACAGGAAUCUGCUAUAAGGUUUGCAAAGAAGGAUAUUAUCCCUCUGGUAAAUUUUGCGCUCCUUGUUAUCAAGGUUGUUAAUUUUGCACAUCACCAACAGUAUGUUAAACCUGUGUUGCUGGAUUUUAUUUAUAUAAUGACUUUUGUGUUGAGAGUUGUCCUUCCAAUAUGUAUCCUAAUCAAUAUGUUCAAAAAUGCUUGAAGUGUAAUGCUGCUUGCAUUGAAUGUACAGGAGGUGAGAAUUACUAGUGCCUAACUUGCAGUGGAGGAUUAUUAUAGUUUUCAGGAAAAUGUUAUCCCAUUUGCCCAAUUGGAACAGUGGCAGUUAAUGGAAUAUGUUAAUCAUGUGCUCUAAAUUGCGAUAUUUGUGUAGGUACAAAUGUCUAUGAUUGCACUUAAUGCAGCACAUAAAAAUAUAUUUUGAAUGGAUAAUGUUACGAAACAUGUCCUCCAUCUUAUUAAGGGAAUAUUCAAACAUUUACGUGUGAAUUUUGUAUUGAUAACUGCGAGACUUGUAUUUCAAGUUCAUGUAAAUUAUGCUAAUCUGGAUAUUUCUUUUAAGAUGGCCAAUGUCUUACUUCAUGUUACGAUGGUUAUUACAAAUCUAAUGAUGAUAGAAAAUGUUAAAAAUGUAGCUUUAUUUGUAAAACUUGCUCUGGCCCAGAUAUUGAUGAUUGCUUGACAUGUCCGAGCAGUUACUUUUUUUAUUUUAAUAAUUGUUUACCUGAAUGUCCAGAUGGGUAUUAUGGAGCAGCUGGCAAUAUUUGUACAUUAUGUGAUCCAACAUGUUUAACAUGUUAUGGUCCUUAGAUUGAUAAUUGUAAUACUUGUCCAACUACAUCCUAUAUCUAUUAAGGAAAAUGUUUAACCGUUUGUCCAAAUGGAACCUAUGCUUCGGAUACAUAUUAAGCUUGUCUGCCUUGUCAUUCCUCUUGUCUAACCUGUCAAGGAGGAUCAAGCUAUGAUUGUUUGACAUGUCCAGUAUACAUUGAGAGAAUGCAAUGUGUAACUAGUUGUAGUGUUGGAUAUACAUUAAGCGGAGUUCAAUGUAAUCCUUUGGUAGCAAUAACUAUUGCUUGUGAUCCACAAUGUGCAACAUGUGCUCUCCAAUCAUCCAAUUGUGUUACAUGCUAACCAUCAAGACAAUAAAAUAAACCUUAAUGUACUUGUUUAAAAGGGUAUUAUGAUGUUGGAACCAUAAAUUGUUUACCUUGUGAUCAUAAAUGUGCAACUUGUAAAGUACAAGCAGAUAAUUGUUUAACUUGCAAAGGAAAUAGAUUCAGUUCUGUUUGUAGAUGUCCUGACUAUUAUUAUGAGGAUGGUGUUUCAAAUGAUUGCCCAAAAUGCAAUUAUAAAUGUGAAUUAUGUGUAAAUAACGUUUGUACAACAUGUACAGAUAGAAGACAAAAUGUACCUUCAUGCACUUGUCCUGAUGGAUUUUAUGAUAAUCUCACUCCAAUUUGUUAACCUUGCAGUGAUGUUUGUACAACUUGUGCAGAAAUUGCAGAUAAAUGUAUUACCUGUUCAGGAAUCAGAGAAAAUCCACCUUUUUGCACAUGUCCAUCUGGCUAUUUUGAUUAUUCAGGUUAAUGUAUUAAAUGUGCCUUUGAAUGUGGAGAUUGUGAUUCAAAUGGAUGUAUAAGUUGCAAAGGUAACAUGAAUGGUCCAUUUGUUGGUAAAUGUAUAUGUAAGGAUGGUUACUCUAGAAAGAGUAUUGGAUCUAUAUUUUGUACUAAUUGUAAUAUGGGAGUGCCAUAUUCCAUUCUAAUCUCAGGUUUGUCUAAAAUUAAAAUUGAUUUUGGAGGACCUUUAGAUUUACUUGAUCCAACCCAAACAGGUUGUGAUCAGUACUUCUAGGCAUCCACUCUCUCUACACUAGGCACUAAUCCUAUUUGCAUCAUUGAUGAUACUACUAUCAUAGUAACACUUGGCAAGUAUGCCACUAUCAAUGUUGGACACUCCUUCGCUUUUGGAUCUGGUUUCAAAUUGAAAAUAUGUACUGCAGGUUUCUCUGUAUUUUAACCCAGCACAUUAAUAAUCGAUCCAGCUGUUUCGAAUGAAGAGAAUCUACCAUACAUUACAUUUGUGGCUCAACAGCCUAAAACCAUUUGUGAGUCAGUAGUUAUCAAAUACACUCUGGGUAAUACAGGAAGCAGGAAUCUAGAUAUUUUUAGUUGGGCUUUAACUCUACCUUCAAAUUAUGUGAAUGCUCAAUUAGAUACCAUACUUAGUUCAAUUACUCCAGCUAAGACCUAUGAUACUAAUAUCACUAUUCCUAGAUUAGUUUUAAAACCAUAUACAACUUUUUCAUUUGACAUCCAAUUACGUAACUUCUUGGCCUUAGAUGCCUCGAAUACUUACUUCAUCUAAACCUUAGGACCUGCUUAGGUAAGUAUAUAGAUACCUGAUGUGCAGAAUACCUUCUAUAGAUAUGAAACCACUCAGAUCAAUUUUACAUUCAUUUAUACAAAUUGCACUUUGACUACAGAGAUGAAUGACAUUGUCCAUGUUUUGGUUAAAUUGGAUGCACUCAUAUUGGCUGAAUACGACUAAGCAUUCUUCUUUUAGAUGAGUUCUGCUUUCGACUUUGAAGUUCCCAUCGAUCCAUACAUUCUUGAAAUUGGGUCUAAUAAUAUUAGUGUUACACUAAGUAUUCCUUCAUAGCAACUACAAACUAACGUAUUUUUGAAUCAAGAAAUCUCAGAAGGUACAUUGGUUGUAAAAGUAAGUGGUGGAAAUAGACAAGUUGGUGAUGUGGCCAUAGUUAUUUUGCAAGCCUCAGUGAUAGAUUAAGAUAUAGAUCCCAAAAAAUCAGAUCCAUUCCAAUAUGCAUUUUCUUGGACAUGUUUUGAUGUCUUGAAAGGUGCUGAAUGUUUAGAUUUGUAUGGUAAACUCCUCAAAUAUCCAAAUGGCAAAUCUGUGACUAUUUACGCCAAUGAACUCAGCCAAUAUAAUUCUUAUGUCUUCAGUGCAUCAACAACAAAGGGAAACAAAUAGGCUACAGGCAAAUCAAUGAUUCAAAUAGUAGAAGUUGAUGUUCCUUAAUUGCAAUCAGUAAAUGAAACAGAAGAAGCAGAGACAAUGGCAAAAACAUUUAAUUAUUACGAUGAAGUCUAAUUAGGAUUUUAAUAUUCCUCAGCUAAUCCAGACAACCUAUUCUAUUCAGCCACUAUCAUUUAUGAUUAGGUCUCGGUUAAAUCAUUCAAAUUUUACAGCCUAACCUUUAAAUUUAGGUUGCUUGAUUAUUUCUCCGAUCUCAAUUCAAUUAAAGGUAAUGAAAUCACACUGAGAACUUCAGUCUAUAAUCCAACCUACGUCAUGCCUUCACUAAGAAGCAUUAUUCUAACCUAUAAUUUGCCUCCAAUGAAUUGCUCAUUAAUUUUCAACAAUCCUGGCGAUAUCAUCUAUGAACUUAAAACCUAUGUCAACAUGACUAUAGCUUAAUGUGAAGAUGAGGAUCAACCCCUAGAAUAUAAAGUAUUAUUCUACAACGAUAAAGACAUGUAUGAUUACGAUUUCUCAAUUGGGAAAUUCAUCAACAAUAUCAACAUCUUAGAUUAUUAAUCAAAUAGCACAAUGUUAUUCAAAUUACCAUUUGUUGGUCCAAAAGAAUCUGUGAAUUUCACAUCUUUCUUAGUUCUCAUGAUCAAGGAUAAGAGGAAUGGAAUCUCCAAUCUUACUACCCCAAUAGUUAUCACUAAGAAUUAUGAAAUCAAUUAAACUCUAAUGACUUAAAUGAUUGAUCAUUCAGAAAACAUCUAAGAUACACUCCAAACUUAAGAACUUGUCGUCAGUAGAGUUGUACAAAUGGAUAAUUGCUCAAAAUUCAAAUAUGAUUUAAUCAGAAAAAACGAUUUGAUAGCCUAAAAUGAUUUAACAAUAGAUCAAUAAAAUCUGAUACUCAAUCAAAUGAUUUAACUGAUUAAUGACAAAGAAGUGAGUAAAUAAUUUAAGGUUCAAUUAUAUUCUCUGGAUUCAUUUGAUAGUAUCAUAUAAUCCAACUUCGAAAAACUCAAGGCUUUGUAAUUAGAUUCCCAAAGCACCUUGUAAUAACAAAGUUAUAUCAAUAACUAUUACAAAUACUUUGAUUUGUUCUCUUCCUUAAUUUCCAAUAGUGAGUAUUUCAACACAACCAAUGAAUAGGUGUUGGAAUACAUAGAGAGUCUUAAAACUUAAUUGAUUGAUCUAACUUUAUUGAACAGCGAUGGUUUUACCAUUGAGAAUGAUUAAGCAACUCUACAGGUGAAGAAGGCGAGUUAUAAAGUUAUAAAUGAGAUAGCAGGAAAUAUAUUGAAAGAAGAGACUGUGUUUAGAUUAUUGGAAUCCGUCUAAGAUUCGUCUAAUUACUAGUAUUACUUUAACAAAUUCAUUGCGAAUCCCUACUUGAAUGAGGAGACCUUCCCUAAAAAUGAUUCAUUUGGAGCUGAAGUAGUCUACUUGAGAGUAGUUGAUGAAUUAACAUAAUUAAAUGCCGUAAUGUUAUAACCAUAUACUUACACCUUUAUAGUUGACGAGGAUUAUGCAAAUAAGAGAACUAUUUGCAUUUAAAAAUUAUUUGAUAUUUGGACAUCUAAAGAUAUAGAAACAACACUCAUCAAUAAAUCAGCAAUUUCAUGUAAGAUUUCUUAUUUUAAUCCAUUUACACUCGUUAUUAAUAGUACUACAGAUAAUAGUACGAUAGACAACAGUACAAAUGGUAAUCCAAAUUCAACUACAGAUAAUACUAAUAGUACUGAUAAUACUGAUGAUACUGAUAAUACUGAUGAUACUGAUAAUACUGAUAAUACUGAUAAUACUAAUACAACUAAUAAUAGCAAUAAUACUUCACAACUUGAUAAUACUUCUGACAUUUUAUUAAUAUCUGAACCCUUCUUUAUUUAUUUAAUAUGUAUAGGAUCCAUCACUUUAUUAUUUGCCUUCUUUGCUCAUUACAAGGAUACUCAAUUUGCAAAAAUCUACAAUCAAAAAAAAUCCUAAUCAGAAAUUAUCAUCACUAAUCAAAAAGACGAGACUCCAGAUAUGAAGAAAAGUGAGAUCUUCAAUUAUAAAGAAAGCAAGAAUCAUGAUGAAUAGCACUCACCUUCAUUGACGAAUAUAACAAAGCCUACUUCAUUUAAGAAAUUUAAGCUAAUUCUUUUUAAUUUCCAUAAUUUGGUAAGCAUCUUCUAUAGAGAUGAAGCUUAUAGGAAGAUUUCCUAUUUCAAUUAUGUGCUCAGAUUCUUGUUCAUUCAGUUAUCCAUUUUCAUAACAUAUAUUUACUUUUAAUUUGACUAUCAGUUAGCGCUAGUAUUUCUAUUGACUCCAUCGAUAUUUUCCAUUUAUACAUUUUUGAUGAAUUUCCCGUUGAAGAACUAAAAGUUCAUAAUUCUGAAGCUAAUAGUGACCAUUCUAUCACUGGCUAUAAUUGGAUUAAGUAUCUACAGAGUGGUUGAUUACAUAACAAAUGGAAACGAAUACAAUUUAACCACAAUCACCUUUUUCUUGGCAAGUUCAAUCGUGUAUGACAAUCUGAUAUACAAUCUGAUUGUAAUUAUGAUCCUCUUUAUGAUGACCAUCAAAGAAGGAGGCAUAUCUCUUUGGAUAAUCAAAAUGAUGCAAUCAGCCGAUCAAGAGCAAAUAAUUCAUUAUCCAAAUUCAGAUGCCAUCAAACCACAAUGA